AUGAUAUCAUUAACUGAAACUUUUUCAUUUCCUGAUAAUUCCAAUAUUGAUUGGAAAACUGUUAUUCUUGGAUUUACAGUUGGACAAUUCUUAUUUGAAACUUAUUUAGAUUAUAGACAAUAUCAAGUAUUCCAAAAGAGAUCACCACCAGCGUCAAUCAAGAAAGAAGUUGAUCAAGAAACCUUUGAUAAAUCACAAGAAUAUUCCCGAGCAAAAUCUAAAUUUUCAUUCUUUUCUUCAACUUUUGGAUUAAUUCAAAAUGCUAUUGUUAUUAAAUAUGAUUUAUUACCUAAAUUAUGGUCUUUCAGUGGUGUUUUGAUGGCUAAAUGUGCUUCUAUUUUACCAAGAGCUUGGGGUGGGGUUAUUACUCAUUCUAUUUUCUUUAUUUUCACUUCCCAAAUCUUGACUACAAUUAUUGGAUCUCCAUUGACUUAUUAUCAGAAUUUUGUUUUAGAAGAGAAAUUUGGUUUUAAUAAAUUGACAAUGAAAUUAUGGAUUACUGAUACGAUCAAAACUAUUGGUCUUAGUAUUGUUUUAGGUUCUCCUUGUAUUGCUGCGUUUUUGAAGAUUAUUGAUUAUUAUGGUGAUCAAUUUAUCUUUUAUCUUAUGGGAUUUGUAUUGGUUCUUAAUUUAGUAGCAAUGACGAUUAUUCCAACUUUGAUUAUGCCUUUGUUUAAUAAAUUUACUCCUUUAGAAGAUGGUGAAUUAAAAACUGCAAUUGAAAAUUUAGCUUUACAACAAAAAUUCCCAUUAACUAAAUUAUUUGUAAUUGAUGGUUCAAAACGUUCAUCUCAUUCAAAUGCUUAUUUCACCGGAUUACCAUGGUCAAAACAAAUUGUUUUAUUUGAUACUUUAAUUGAACAUAAUAGUACUGAAGAAACUGUUGCAGUAUUAGCUCAUGAAAUUGGUCAUUGGAAAUUAAAUCAUUUACCAAAAAUGUUAAUUAUGAGUCAAGGUCAUUUAUUCAUUAUUUUUUCAAUAUUUUCAUCAUUUAUUCAUAAUAAUUCAUUAUAUAAUUCAUUUGGUUUCAUUAAUGAAAAACCAAUUUUAAUUGGAUUUUUAUUAUUUAAUGAUAUUUUUCAACCAAUGGAAUGUAUUUUAACAUUUGGACAACAUUUGAUUUCAAGAAAACAUGAAUAUGAAGCUGAUAAAUAUGCAGUUGAUUGUGGAUAUGAUAAAGAAUUAAGUAGAGCUUUAAUUAAACUUUGUCAUGAAAAUUUAUCAGGAAUGAUUACUGAUUGGUUAUAUAGUUCUUAUCAUCAUUCUCAUCCUAUUUUACCAGAAAGAUUAGAUGCUAUGGGAUAUGUUUCAACGGAAAAGAUUUCAAUUGAGAAGAAAGAGAAGGUGGAAGAAGAGAAGGUGGAAGAAGAAAAGGUAGAAGAAGAAAAGGUAGAAGAAGAAAAGAAAGAAGAGAAGUCUGAUUAG